AUCCUGAAUUAUUUCCUGCCACCAUUUGAUGCACUGUCUGACACUAAAGAUCAGCCAACAUUGUGAGGAAGCAUGGCAAAGUUUCUCUGUAAUGGUUUACCUGGCAGAGACACUGACUGGAGUAAAUGGCAGGUGUUCUUCUGUGAUGAGAGACAUGUUCCUUACACAGAUCCUGAAUGUACAUACACCAUUUACAAAUCAAAAUUAGUGGACAAUGGUGGACCAUUGCCUGAAAAGAAUAUAUUUCCUAUCAACCCUAACAUCUCGGUUGAAGAUGCCGCAAAAGCAUACAAGGAAAAGCUGACUGGAGUAUUUGGAGGAGGAGACAUUCCACGCUUCCACCUCCUCCUGCUGGGAAUGGGACCAGAUGGACAUACAUGUUCUUUGUUCCCAGAUCACCCUCUUCUACAGGUAACAGAUGAGGUCAUUGCUCCCAUCAGUGACUCCCCUAAACCUCCACCAAGCAGAGUUACCAUGACUUUUCCAAUGAUCAACAAUUGUGAAUGUGCUAUAUUUGCCUCAUGCGGAGGAGGGAAGGCUGACAUUGUAAAGAAAGUGUUAGAGGGUGAUGGGGGAGAUCCACUUCCUGCUGCCAGAGUCCGACCGACGAAUGGAGAACUGAUCUGGAUCCUAGACAAAGCUGCUGCAUCACAGCUCAAAACACAGUCUAAUAUCUGAAACUACAACUCUGAAACCAGAUCUUGUCAAUUUCAAGAAAGCACUAAGCCCCACAUGUUACUAUGAAUUUGAUAUAAACACUAUUUUUAAUGAACUGAAGGAUUUUUUAUUAUGUUUAUGUAUGUGCUUCCUAUUAUAGUGGUCAGAGCUACUAAGUAUACAAACAUAAUAUAUAUGUACAUGUAUAUACACACUCACCAUCAUUGCCAUAUAUCUCAGAACAUUAUUUCAGAAUUCUCCAACUAUAUAUACAUGUAUAUUUCAUUCUGUUGGUGAAGUUUACAUUGCUAAAGGUUUGAACUUCAGAUUUUGUUUUUAUGAGAUAAUACAUGUACAUUGUAUUCAAACAAUUUCUAUACCUGUAACUUUGACAUAAAAUAUUCAUCUAUAGUCA